CUUAAGCCCGUUAGCCGUCCCGCGGUCGUUAUCCUCUAAUCCGCGCGCCCUUCCGACUUUCUUGCAGUUUCUGCACCAAACCCUAAACCUUGAUUCCAAAUGUGCUUGUGGCUUACCCAGCUCAGAUAUGCAGAUUCUAUCGAGUAUCUCCUUCCCUUCCACCCCUUCCCCUUCUCUCCUCUCCUCAUCCAAUCUCUCUUCCGACCUUCCAUUCUCAUUUCCUUUCUGCGCGCCGCGAACUCCCGCCUCUGAUUUUGUGUCGUACUCCUCCGGAAGAGUACACAGUUGCUCAGCGGUGGGUCCGAAGAGGUCAGGGUUCAUGUCUGUGAUCGAGCGGGCGAUGGACGAGGAGGAGUACCGGCGAGCGAGGGCGGAAGUGCAGAAGAAGGGCGUCGAUGUGGAGGGAUAUUUCUUCGAAGGGAUAUCUGUGGGAGGUCAUGAGACUUGUGUGGUGGUGCCCAGCCUCAAUGCAGCCUUCGACAUAGGCCGAUGCCCAGCCAGGGCUGUUAGUCAAGACUUCCUGUUCAUUACCCAUGCUCAUCUCGAUCACAUUGGGGGGCUGCCAAUGUACGUUGCAACUCGAAGCCUGUACAGUCUGAAGCCACCAACAGUUUUCAUACCUCCUUGUCUUAAGGAGAAUGUAGAAAAGCUAUUUGAGAUUCAUAGGGCUAUGAGUCACGAUGAGUUAAAGCUGAAUUUAGUUGCAUUGGAUGUGGGGGAGACCUAUGAGAUGAGGAAUGAUGUUGUUGUUAGGCCAUUCCGAACCAGCCAUGUUAUUCCAAGCCAGGGAUAUGUUAUUUACUCAAUGAGAAGAAAGCUUAAGAAGCAAUAUACUCAUCUGAAAGGCACUCAAAUCAAGAAACUAAAGCUUUCUGGUGUUGAGAUUACAGAUACAAUUUUAUCUCCUGAAGUUGCUUUCACUGGAGACACAACAUCUGAUUUUAUAAGCGAGCCUCGAAAUUCUGAUGCUCUGAGAGCAAAAGUUCUUAUUACUGAGGCAACAUUUUUAGAUGAUGAGUUUGAUAUUGAGCAUGCACGACUGCAUGGUCAUAUGCAUUUGCGAGAGAUCCUGGAGCAUUCCCAGUGGUUUCGCAACAAGGCAAUCUUACUCACUCACUUCUCAUCCCGUUACAAAGUUGAGGACAUUCGGCAAGCUAUCUUGAAGUUGCAGCCUAAAGUGUCAGCCAAAGUUGUGGCCCUUACAGAAGGAUUCAGAUCAUCAUACUCUUAAAUGCUAAUGUAUGGAUUCCUUUGUUAUUGAUACUGGUCAGGUAUGAGAAGGUUUCUUUUGUAUUGGAUAUGUGAUCAUUGUACCUGGCUUUCUAAUGAAAUGGAGUAUGAGCUCCAUUCUCAAAGGACCGUCCAAACUAUUUUGCAUUGCUUAUUUGCUAUUAUCUCUACUAUAGAAAGAAAGUUGUAAAUUACUUUUAGCACAAUUGCAGGAAAGUCUAUUCUUGUACAAGUAAUUUCUUGCAGAAUUGCUUCUAAAGAAGAAAUUUAUUUCAAAU